AUGAAUACCAUCUACGACCACGCUAAAAACGGCACCCUGACCGAGCAAGACCUGCAAGGCGCCGACAUCAAAAAACUCAACUACCUUGACCCAAAAGACAAUACCACCCCUCUAGGCAUCGCCGUCCUAAACAGAGACUUCAAAACAGCCCAACUUCUCCUCAAACACAAGGCUGAUCCAGACUGCCUUCGACGAGGAAUCCCCCCUCUGUGGCGAGCAUGCGGGUUCGACCGACGCAAAGAAAACGUCGAAGAGCGUCUCAUACAGCUUCUACUCAAUCAUAAAGCAGACCCAAACCUCGUACCUGAAGGCCAGAAGGGCAAAGCCAUGACACCGCUGAUGAAAGCUGUUAAAACUCACAAAUCUCUCGAAAUCAUCUCGAGUCUGGUGGACCACGGUGCUGACCCGGAUGCCAUUGUCAAUAAAAAAUCGGCAAAGGAUUUGACCACGGACCCAAAGGUGCUGAAUGCCAUGUUACCUCGUGCAACGCGGUUCAAGAACCGUGCCAAAGAAGUAGCCAAGGUGACGGCAUUCGUCAUGUCGGCUGUUUUUUGGGCAAAUAAGAACCUGAAGGUUGCUGCGGGUGUGGGAGUCGCGGCAGCAGCAGGUAUGAUUGCCAAAGAUGCGAUUAAGAGGAGGUUUAAGAUGACUGGCAAGGUUGACAAGCGGCUGGGAAAGUAUAUCUCCGAGGACCAGGGUUUCAAUGACGCAAAGGAACAAGAGAAAGACGAACUCAAGAACCGAAUGCUCGCAAUUAUCAAAGACAACAAGCUGGACAACUUUUUCAAACCAGAUGAUCCGUUUCUUAAAGAGGUGGUGGAAAGGGCGGUGGACUUGGACCGGACGAGUCCAUCCAAUGUCCUAGACCCCAAGGACUUGGCUCAUUUGGCCCUCUACCAGCCCGUUCUUUACUGCGACGACAGUGCCUCCAUGAAGCAGGACCAGCGAAAAGAGCAUCUCAACGACCUCACCCAACGCAUCACCAGUAUCACGACCCGAGUUGUUCCUGACAAUGAAGGAAUUGAGCUGCGAUUCAUCAACGAGAAAACUACACCACCAAUGUCGAAACCCUCGUUGGAGACGAUCGACACGAUCAUGAAACAUGUACCUUUUGACGGGUGGACGGAGAUUGGCACGAAUCUCCGAACCAAAGUUUUGCAGGAUAAUGUUUACCAACACCUCGGAAGGAAUACACUGAAGCGCCCUGUGCUGGUCUCGAUCAUUACGGAUGGCCACCCAAGCGGGCCGCAUGGUACGCCUGAAGGUAUCGACACUCUUAGGGAUGUUAUUCAAGAAUGCGGGACCAAAUUGAAAGCCCAUGGUUAUGAUCCAAAAGUGGUCCGCUUUCAAGUCAGCCAGAUCGGAGACGAUCCAACCGCCAAAAAAUUCCUGAGUGAUUUGGAGAAUGAUCAUGAACUUGAUGAUGUUCUCUACAUUACCAGCGAACGAUUGGACACCGAGUUCAAAAAGCUUCGCGACAACGACAUUAGGCUUGAACAAUGGCUUAUCGAGCUCCUCAUGGGUCCGAUCGUCGACGGACAGAAAUCCUAGUAGUCAUUCUCGUAGACCCUUGUACUAUUCAGCUGAAAAUGCUUACUACGGG